CCUGGAGUCAGCCUGCUGCAGGCUGCCCAGGCCAUCCUUCGCCUGUAAGAUGGCCUGGUCAGCCUGCUGCAGGCUGCCCAGGUCAUCCUCCGCCUGUAAGAUGGCCUGGGCAGCCUGCAGCAGGAUGGGGAAAGGCCCUGUCGCCCUGAGAGAGCGUCGCCUACCGAAGGCUGUUCUAGGUGCUACCACUGCAGCCCGGCUUUUAAGCCUCCACAAGCCCAAGUAGGCUUCGGCCGGUGAUUUUCCGCCAGCGCCAAAUUGGCGUUGGAGGUCAGUAAAAGGAGGAGCAAGGUAAAAGUCACCUAGGUGGAGUGUGGAAUGCGCCUGCUACAGUAAGAUUUAAGAGCUGUUAUUUGAGUUAGAAAUUCAACCAUAUCCAUUGGUCAGCUAUUGGUGAGUUAAAGGCACCGUGUGCCUUCUGCAGUACAAGACUAUUUAGAUCUCGUUCACUUUUCUUUUCUGCUCUUCAAAACUCUCAAAUCUUAACUACAGUGCCAUGCUGUCGCUAUAAAAAUGGGUUUUAUAUACCCCACAAAAAUGCAUGUUGAUUAUGUGAAGUUCCUAAAAUGGUAUUUGAUAUACCCGACAUUUGCGGCCAAACUAAAUGCUUAUGAUUUAGGAAUAAAAAAAAAAAGUGAAAAUAAACAAGAAUGUAACUGCAUUGAAAUGUUGACUAGUUUGAUCUGUCAGAACAAGGUCUGGUAGCAGAACCGGAGUGCACCAGAGAACAGGACUCAGCCUGCACCGUAUUGGAUGGCUUCUACUGCCAGGAGCCCAACCAGGAAUCAGGCUGCACUCUGGCUCAGAAACACACCCAGUGUAAUGCUAGCCAGAUGACUAAAUUACCUGGAACCAGGGGCACUGACACGGUCUGUGAGGACUGCAAGACUGGGUAUUAUUCUACACCUGGUCUUAAUUGUACAGAAGGGAAAAGCAGCUGCGGGAAUGGAAAGGUGCUGCAAAAGGGAAGCCAAACCAAAGAAACGGUCUGCAACACAGCCCCAAGAAGACAUCACUAUGAUGUAAUAUUAUCAGUCAUGCUGUUCUUGCUUUAAGGUUAAUGCUUGCUUGCUAACGGCCAAAUCACACGUCUGCAUUCAGCCCGUAUGCAAAGAUCUGUUUCUUUACCAAGGGACCGUAGGCCUAGUAUUGUAUGAUGUGUCAUACUUGCUUCUUUUAUUUAAUAUUUUUGGUUCGAAAUAAAGACAAAAUAAUAAUUAAAGUUGCAAGCAGCAUUUUACUGGUGCCAAGCCUAAAGCCGACCAAUAAGACCCUGUCAGACCAUUAAGACCCUAACAGACCAUUAAGACCCUGACGCAAACCAAUAGCACCCUGUCAGACCAUUAAGACCCUGAUAGACAAUUUGGACCCUGACGUAGACCAAUAACACCCUGUCAGACCAUUAAGACCCUGAUGCAGACAAUUAAGACCAUUUUUGACUGGUUGUUUGGAAGUUCAUUUUGGAUGAUAUUGAGCCUCUGGCGGUCAUGUCAUUUUGUCAAUCAACUUGUUUUUACUGAAGCAGUUGGACCUUUAGUCUCCAACAGCCAAAUAUUUUGGUCCCUCUCAACUCAAAUAUUCCGUCUAUGAACUGUGGUGAUUUUAGUCACAGGCCACAUCAUUUCGAUGCCACGCCCUAAUUGGAAAUAUGUUGACUGUACCUUGUUCAGAAUUUGAUUCUCAAUAACUUUUCUAUUGGACUCAAGAUCAUAGGAGUCCAUUUUGAUGCUGAUAUAAGCAUUUAAGUCUUUUUUUGUUUUAAACCACACCCUUUUUAGAAGUCAAUGGCUCCUUGGUGCUUUAAUCUUUAUUGUACAGACUUCGCUUUAUGUCAGAUUGAAGACAUUGGUCCAUAGAUGAUACAUGCUAAAGGAUUUUGUUCCAAGUGAAAAAACCUAGGAAAAAAAAACAUUUAGUGUUUUUAACAUAGUUCAAGUUAGUCAUAAAUCCAUCCAAAAAAAGUCAUAGGUUCUUGAGGCAUUUGUUCAGCAUGAGGAUAUGCCUGUGUGACCAAAGUUUCAUGACUCUUAAGUCAAAGCGUUUAUGAGACAUGUUUCUUCAAAUUUUUCAUAUUUGGACUGUUGCUAUAGCGCCACCUUUGGGCCAAUCAGUGUAAUAUUUGCUCUCUGCUAAUCUGGAGUCGGCCUCUACAACUGUAGUAAGUUUCAUAAAAAGCGUGCGAGCGGUUUAGGCUGUGUAAAUCAAACAUGGCAGAAUAAUAAUAAUAAUUAAACUAACAAUUACAAUAGGUUGCCUUCGCACUUCGUGCUUGGCACCCUAAUAAUAAUAAAAGCACUAACAAUUACAAUAGGUUGCCUUCGCUCUUUGUAGUUGGCACCCUAAUAAAAAAACCAAAACGCCAGUGCUUCUAGGCCUAAGGCUACUGUAAUUAUUUGUAUGCGUUUACUCUCAAAUGUAACAUUUGUAAACAUGUUAUGUAAUUUCAAAAGUAGUUUUCCAAAUCCUAUUUAGGUGUUUUUCUAAUGCUUUUUAAGUGUCAUUCGGUUCUUCAUUAAGAAGACUUUGUAUCGACAAACUCUUAGCACUCAUGACGUAACUAUACUAUUGUUACAAUGUGUAAAAUAAUGUGUAAUAAAAUGUGUGUGUGUGUGCGCGUAUAUGCGUGUGUUGAUUCCUAUAAAUACCAAUAUGGCUUUUUGUACAUGUUCUAUCAUAUGUUUGUGAAGUUUCCCUUAAUCAACCACUGUAUUCUUACACUUGCCUCAAUUAACCUCUUAUUCAACCAAAUGUCAUCCUUAACAAAUGCAACAUUUCCACUGACAACAUUAUUCUGGGCUGAAGCACAAGAUGCAUCCGCAAGGAAGAUUUUACAUGGCGAUUUGCCUCCGUAACACCGUGGUUUGCAAAGUGGUAUUAUGCUGUCAACACAAGUAAGUCGCCUGCCGGAGAAACAGGUGUGUUUACGCAACCAUGGUCAAUAUGAGCCUCAAAUCUCCACCAAAAGGCAAAUUGAACGAUUUACAUUUAGGGCAUUUAGCAGAUGCUUUUAUCCAAAGCUACUCACAAUGAGUACAUUUGUCCGAAGACGGAGAAACAAUAUUUCACUGUCGUAAAAAUUAAGGAUGUUCAUAUAACUAAGGGGCAGGAACUGACAAUUGUUAGGCACAAUAAAGAUAGCUAGAAUAAGAUGCUACACAAUGCUAAGUACUAUUUUUAGGUGCAAGGAUGUACAACAUGCAAUAAGUGCGUACAUUAAGUUCCAGGAAGUACAACAUAAAAUAAGUGCCUAGGGGGGGUUAGUGGGGAAGCUAUGCUGAGCCGAGGUGAACUCUGAACAAACCAGCCACCUGGAUGUUCAUGGAUGAAUUUAUAAUAGCAUUACCUUGGAUUCUCUCUGCUCAGCACUUUCUGGAAUGGAGCUCUGAUGCAGCAGUCUGUUAAGUUAUCAUGGAAAGGCUGUUUCAUUGUCAGCUGUAGACAAACGGCCACAUCUUAAAAGAAAAAAAUGCUAGGGCACCAGUAGUAAUAAACAAGGUCAUGUUUCGGAUAUCGUAUGCAAGUUCAACAGGUUUGUGUUAUAGGGCUGUUUUGGCAUACAUGGAAAAAAAAAAGUGGAUUCUGGAAUCCACUUUUGAAAUGAGAUAAUAUAAAGUAACUACACAUCUGAGAGUGAAAUCUUUUCAAAGUAUAACAACAAUUUUGGUUCACAAAUGACAAACCUUAUGUUGCAAAGUAACAUUUAAAGUAGGUCGAUAGGUACAUAUUAUAAACCAGAUCACCUUAAAUAGACAAUAAAUCACCAAACUCCAAAGUCUGACUUUGUUGAACAUUGUGUGUCUCUUAUCAAGAUAUUGAUAUGUAGACACCGCUCUUCGACUUUCACAGAACAUCUGAUCUCAUGACACUCUGAGCUAAUACUUUAUGGUUGGAAAAUAAAAUAUACAAAUGUCCUCAUGCAAAUAGCUGCACCUUAAAUCAACAACCGUGCAAAGAUGCAAAAUACCAACAAGGACGUAUCUCGUCACGCCCCAUUACCUCAUCUCAAUCUCAUCCUUCCCUCAGUCAUCAUCCUUGCAUCCGCCAUCCUAUAAUACCAGGAGGUACAGAGAUAUAACCUAACAAUCGCUACCUAUAUUGGUCAUCUGCAGACCUGAGGCAGUAUGUCUAUGGAUGUGGGUACGCUUUGGGGCUGGCUCCUGCUCCUCUUGACUGCGGUGGGAUCUGGAGCUGAGUUCCAGAGAAAUAUGCUGAAACUUCAGGGGGACUACUACCUCGCUGGCUUCUUUCCGCUCCACGACAAUAUCCGGACCAAAAGGGAAAGGCCCAUCUUGGAAGACUGUAAACUAGGAACAGAAAACAAGCAUGGCUACCACCUCGCCCAAGCCCUGAGGUUCGCUGUCGAGGAGAUUAACAACCGAACAGGGCCGUACCCCAACCUUCUCCCAGGGGUACGGCUCGGCUACCACCUCUACGACACCUGCGCCAUCCAGGCUGGCGUCUUGGCCAGCGUGAAUGUGAUGCAGGACCAGGAGGAGAUAUUGCGGCCGCUACCAGGCUCCAGUCCGCCCGACGACAGCCCCAUGGUCGUCAUCGGGCCGGACAGCAGCAGCAGGACCAUGCCCACUGCCGUGCUUUUGGGGGCCUAUCUUGUGCCUCAGAUCUCCUACGAAGCAUCCAACGAAAUGCUGAGCAACAAGGCGGUCUACCCGUCGUUCUUCCGCACCAUUCCCAGCGACACGAUCCAGGUGUCUGCUAUGAUACAGGUCCUGAAGCGCUACAGGUGGACCUGGAUCGCCCUCCUGGGCAGCGACAACGCCUACGGGCUGCAGGGAAUGCAGAGCCUGUCCCAACAGUCCGCCUACCACGACAUCUGCAUCGCCUACCAAUCCGUGCUACCCCGACGCACGGCUGCCAACACCCAGAUGCUGAGGAACAUGGUGGACGCCAUCCUGAGGACCAACGUCAAAACCAUCGUCCUGUUCUCCAGCAAGUCCCGACUCCAGGGCUUCUUCCCCUUGGUGGUGGAGCGCAACGUGACGGGGAAAAUCUGGCUGGGCAGUGAGGACUGGAUCGCCUCCGCCCUCAUCGCGGACAUCCCUGGUAUCAGGACCCUCGGCACCUUCCUGGGAAUGUCGGUCAAGUUCAAGGUUAUUCCUGGUUUUGGGGGUUUCGAGAGGAAAAUGCAGGAGAUGUCGAGGCAUAUCGACCGCAGUGAAUUCUCCAAGCUUCCGCUCGGCCCUCUGGGCGAGUGCCUUCAGACCUCCGACGGGUACGUCCUGGCGGCCAGUGAUCACCCGAUGGACUCCUACGACUUUGCGUCCUCCUUCAACGUGUACAGGGCGGUGUAUGCGGUGGCUCAUGCGCUGCACAAAAAGCUAGGGUGCGACGUCGGAGGGUGCGAAGCGAGGACCAUUAACCCCUGGCAGCUCCUGCCACUGCUUAAGAAGGUCAGGUUCAGCGUGGGCAACUCAUCCAUGUACUUUGAUGAGAACGGAGACCCGCCCACAGGAUAUGACAUCGUGGUCUGGCUGUGGAGAGGAAGUCAGUGGAUUGUCAAAGAAGUGGGCUCCUACACCCCUUAUCCUAGCUCGCUGACAGUGAACACCUCUCUGAUCGAGUGGUCCCUCCCUGCGGACGCCACGUCAGCAGGGCCGGAUGGACAGGUUCCUAAUUCCAUGUGCUCUCCGGACUGUGAUUUCGGCCAUCGAAGACUGCAGACUGGACAACACAAGUGCUGCUUCGACUGCCUGGCCUGUCCCGCUGCUACAUUCCUCAACAAAUCCGGAGCCUCCAGUUGCCAGCCCUGCCCUGAAAAGGAGUGGGCGCCCCCGAAGAGCGAGAAGUGUCUGCAAAGGACCCUGCUGUUCCUGGCCUGGGACGCCCCCCUCUCCGUCGCCCUGCUCCUCCUGCUGGCCGCCACUCUGCUGCUGACCACGGGCUCGGCCGUCAUCCUGCUGCUCCACCUCGACACCCCGGUGGUCAAGUCGGCGGGCGGCCGCACCUGCAUCGUGAUGCUGGCGUCGCUGACGGCGGCGGCGGCCAGCGCCCUGUGCCACUUCGGCCUCCCCACCCGGCCGGGCUGCCUCCUCAAGCAGCCUCUGUUCGUGGUCAGCUUCGCCGUGUGCCUGGCCUGCGUCACGGUGCGCGCCUUCCAGGUCGUCUGCAUCUUCAAGUUCGCGUCGCGCCUGCCCAUGCUGUACGACCGCUGGGCCAAGAACCACGGGCCCGAGUACACCAUCCUGGCGGUGUCGGCCGCCGUGCUGUGCGUCUCGGUACUGCGCGUGGCGGCGGACCCGCCCGAGCCCUCGGCCGACCUGCGCUUCUACCCCGACAGCAUCGUGCUGGAGUGCAGCCACACGCUCUCGCCGGGCUCCUGGGUGGAGCUGGCGUGCGCCUCGCUGCUCAGCGGCCUGUGCUUCACCCUCAGCUACAUGGGCAAGGACCUGCCGGCCAACUACAACGAGGCCAAGUGCGUGGCCUUCAGCCUGGUGGUGUACAUGAUCAGCUGGAUAUGCUACUUCACACUCUACCUCAUCAGCCGGGACGCCUUCACCAUGGCGGUCAACGUCUUCGCCAUACUGUCCAGCGUACUGGGCGUCUUCGGCGGCUACUUUCUGCCCAAGGUGUACAUCAUCAUAUUCAGACCACAGAUGAACACCUCGGCCCAUUUCCAGAACUGCAUCCAGAUGUACACCAUGAAUAAGCAGUGAUUAGAGUGUGUUUCAAAAGUGCUAAACCCCCCAAUCUACAGCUAUGGUAGUGAUCCCAAACCGAACUUUAACAAGCGCCUCACAAACAUGAAGUAAACAGUUAAUCACAGUGGGGGUGGCUUAGUGGUUAUAGCUAUAGACAAUAGGUUGUGGGUUUCGAACCCACAGGUAUACCUGCAGGCAUCCUUGAGCAAUAUGCCUAAUCCCUACCUUCUCCUUAAUGUGUUUAUGAAUGCACUGUAUGUCGCUUUGGAUGAAAAUAAUCUAUAAUAGGGAAAAGUACGAAGGCAGAUGUCAUGAUGCUGCCCAAUUAAAACAAUUUGGUGAUGAGACCUCUUCCAAAGACACAUUUAUUUAUAUAUAUACCUCACAAACAUGAAAUAAAUAGUUAAUCACAGUGGGGGUGGCGUGGAUUAGUGGUUAUUACUAUAGACAAUAGGUUUGGGGGUUGCCCCGUCCUAUAUAUAUAUAUAUAUAUAUAUAUAUAUAUAUAUAUAUAUAUAUAUAUAUACAUUUUCCGAUGUGUAAUUUUCUUUUGUAGGAACAUAAGAGGAAAUGAGACUUGUAAUACCUCCUUCCUUAUCUAAUAAAUGUAUGGAUUGGAUUAUUA